UUUGAUCUUGUUUUGUUUCUAUCAUCUUUGUUCUUGUUAGAAACCCUUUUUUCUUUUUGGGUCACAAUGGAGUUCGGAGAUGAUAGGAGUCUUUACCUUAGAGACACAUGGAGAGAAGCAAACACAAUCUGCGGCGUCCUGCCCAUGAAUCCGAGCUCGAGCGGGAUAUGGCCAUCCACUAAGCUCCAAGAUCCUAAAGCCAACAUUGAGUUCUGGAACUACAUGUUUCCACAUGUUGAGAUCAUUUUCCUCAUCGUCACCGUCCUAUGGCAAUUCUUCCAUUUCUUAUUCAAACGUCUUGGCAUGAUUCGUUUCACUUCCCACAUGCUUACAGGAAUUCUUCUCAGCAAGUCGUUUAUGAAAGAGAAUACACCCGCGAGGAAUUUCUUUUCGACAGAAGACUACAAAGACACUCUGUUUGGUCUGGUUGGUGCGUGUUCUUACAUGAUGUUCUGGUUCUUGAUGGGAGUGAAAAUGGACUUGAGUCUAGUCCGCAACACAGGGAAGAAAGCCAUCACCAUCGGCCUCUCCUCUGUGUUGCUCUCUAUAACGGUUUGCUCCUUCAUCUUCUUCGUCAUCUUAAGAGAUGUAGGAACCAAAAAGGGAGAACCGGUUGUGAAUUUCUUCGAAAUCAUCAUCAUCUACUCCAUCCAAUGCCUCUCGUCCUUUCCUGUAAUCGGAAACCUUCUUUUCGAGCUGAGGCUGCAGAACUCGGAGCUUGGUCGCCUCGCUAUGUCAUCUGCUGUGAUCAGUGACUUCAGCACCUCGGUCCUCUCUGCGGUUCUCGUCUUCUUAAAGGAACUCAGGGAAGAGAAAACUCGGCUUGGUUCCAUAUUCAUCGGAGAUGUUGUUGUCGGAAACCGUCCUUUGAAGCGUGCAGGGACAGUGGUGGUCUUUGUUUGUUUCGCCAUAUACGUUUUCAGGCCACUGAUGUUCGUUAUCAUCAACAGAACACCUUCUGGUCGUCCCGUGAAGAAAUUCUACAUAUAUUUAAUCAUCAUUCUUGUCUUUGGGUCAGCCGUUCUUGCGGACUGGUGCAAGCAAACUAUUUUCAUCGGACCUUUUAUUCUAGGCCUAGCGGUUCCGCACGGACCGCCUUUGGGAUCUGCCAUCGUCCAGAAGUUCGAGUCCGCGGUUUUCGGCACAUUCCUUCCCUUCUUCGUGGCUACAUGCGCCGAGGAGUUUGAUACUUCUAUGUUACACUCUUGGACAGAUUUCAAAAGUAUCUUCAUCAUCGUCUUUGUAUCCUUUGUCGUCAAAUUCGCCCUCACCACACUCCCUGCCUUGUUGUUCCGUAUGCCCGCAAAUGACUGCCUUGCUCUCUCUCUUAUUAUGUCCUUUAAAGGCAUCUUCGAGUUCGGCGCUUAUGCGUUUGGGUUCCAAAGAGGAUCUAUUAGGCCUGUGACCUUCACCAUCUUAUCUCUUUACAUCUUGUUGAACUCUGCAAUCAUACCUCCGAUCUUGAGACGUAUAUACGAUCCUUCGAGGAUGUAUGCAGGAUACGAGAAGCGGAACAUGCUUCACAUGAAACCAAACUCCGAGUUGAGGGUUCUGUCGUGUAUCUACAGAACCGACGACAUUCAUCCCAUGAUCAACCUCCUUGAAGCUACUUGUCCUUCAAGAGAAAGUCCUGUAGCUACUUACGUCCUUCACUUGAUGGAGCUCAUAGGACGAGCUUCUCCGGUUUUCAUCUCUCACCGUUUGCAAAUAAGAAAAAGCGAGGACACUUCUUAUAACUCCGAGAGCGUCAUUGCCUCCUUUGAUCAGUUCCACAAAGAUUUCUUCGGCUCUGUUUUCGUCAGCACUUACACGGCUAUAUCUGUUCCCAAGACGAUGCAUGGAGACAUAUGUAUGCUCGCUUUGAACAACACAACGUCUCUCAUCAUCCUUCCUUUUCACCAGACUUGGUCUGCUGAUGGAUCUGCCAUUGUUUCCGACAGUAUCAUGAUCCGGAAACUGAACAAGAGCGUCCUCGAGCUCUCUCCUUGCUCUGUCGGAAUCUUCAUCUACCGGAGCAACAAUGGUAGGAGAACGAUCCGAGAGACGGCUGCAAACUUCUCAUCUUACCAAGUAUGCAUGCUUUUCCUUGGAGGUAAAGACGAUAGAGAAGCCUUAACACUCGCCAAGCGCAUGGCUCGUAACGCGCGGAUAAAGAUCACAGUGGUUUGUCUGGUCUCUUCUGAACAAAGAGCCAAUCAAGUAACUGAUUGGGAUCGAAUGCUCGAUUUAGAACUGCUCAGAGACGUGAAGAGCAAUGUUCUUGAAGGUGUCAGCAUUAUCUACUCCGAGCAAGUAGUGGAUGACGCCUCACAAACAUCAACACUGUUAAAAUCGAUUGCAAAUGAAUAUGAUCUGUUCAUCGUCGGAAGAGAGAAAGGAAGGAAGAGUGUUUUCACGGAAGGGCUUGAGGAAUGGAGUGAGUUCGAAGAACUUGGCGUGGUUGGAGAUCUCUUGGCUUCACAAGAUCUUAAAUGCCAAGCUUCGGUGUUGGUGAUUCAGCAGCAACAGCAGAUGAUUUAGGUUUUAAAUAUACAACCAUGAUAAAAUUCAACGCUUAGAAAUAACGUUGCCUUCAUAUACAAGUAAUGAUUACAAUGUUUUUGAUUAGUGUAUAUAUUUCAUACAAGUUUGUUUCAGAAGUUGUGAUGACAGUUAGGUUAUUAUGCUUGUUUGGGAGGUCGGGCGACUGGCAGGACAUGUCAAGUCAGCUGUAACACCCGGUUUCCUCGAAAUAAUAUAAACGCAAAGUUAACAUAAUAAUAGAUACUGAAAGAAUCAUAAACUCCGCAUUAUAAUAUCAAGUUAAAUACAUGACCAUAAGUCAAACUGAAAAUACUGAUAACAACAUAAGUCAGAAAUAUAAAGAUAACAUAAAUCCGAAAAUCUAACAUAAACGAUAAAAGUCCAAAAAACCUAAAAAUCCGAUAACGAUAAAAGCGAUAGAAGCCCAAAAACCCAAUAGCACCGGUCCGAUAAUCACUCUUGCUCGUCGGUCUCACCUGAAAGGGGAAAAGAAAGGCGGGGUGAGCAACAUGGGAGUUGUCCAGCGAGGUAUGUGAUGCUAAACCGCAAACCACUGACUCAGUUCAUAGCACUACAACUAUGUAGGCUUAAGCCCUAGCAUAAAACAAACACGGUGUCUAUUAUACCACACAAAAUAACAAUCAAUGCGCUAAUAGCAUACAGCUACUCUCUGCACCACACAUUUCCUCAUAAGGAUAUGCACAUAUACUCGUAGUGUCGCUAGUAUAGUAUGUCUCUGUACCCCCGCCCAUCAUAGUGUCGAAUGCAAACGUCUCUGCACCACGCCCAAAACAGUAGCAUCGAAGCUCAAACGUCUCUGAACUCACGCCCGUAACACCAUAGCGUCGAAGCUCAGACAUCUUUGAACUCACGCCCUCUCGCAUAGCUCCUACUCAUAACUAUGUAUAUACAUAUAUAUAUAUAUAUAUAUAACAGUUCUUAACAUCAAUCAAUAAAAUCAACCGUUGAAUCAUCUAUUAUCCUAGUUCCGGUUUAACAAUCAAUACAAAUAAUGAUCAAUCAAGUCUCUUAAAAAUAAUGAUCAAUAAAAAUACCAGACUUUUUUUUAUCCGAGACAAAGCAAACUACAACUUUGUUCAUUAUUUCCGACUUCAUUUUGGCUAUAUGGUUAUAGUUGAUCCACAAGGAACAAGUGGUGGUUUGGCAUUGUAUUACAAUACUGAUUUCAACAACAACAUUAUAUACACCUGUAACAGAAUGAUAGAAGUUGAAGUGUAAAUUUGCGGGAAAAAGUAUUUAUGACUUGUAUAUGGAGAAGUCGUUCAAAACAAGAGGGAUCAAGUACGAGAAAGACUGGCGAGGUAUGGACUACAAAGACAGAACCUUGAUUUAUUAUAUGAGACUUGAAUGAGAUUACUAGAAAUUAUGAAAAACAAAAAAAAGACCUGACAAAAACAUCGGAUCCUUUAUGGGUUUUAAUAAUAUUAUAAGAAAUUGUGGUCUACUUGAACUUUUAGGUUUGGAAAAUACGAUAUCAUGGCAAGGAGGAAGAGGGAACAAAAUGGUUAGAUGCAGAUUGGAUAAAGCAUUGGCAAACGAGGACUGGCAUACUUUAUGUCCAUGCUCUUUAACAGAAAACUUGGGAUUAGUAGAAUGUAACCACAUACCGAUAAUAGCAACUAUUGAGGACGAAGUUACAAGGAGGAGAGAAAUUUUUCGGUUUGACAAAGGAUGGAUCAAACAAGAGUGUCUACUUGAAUCUAUUACCCCUGGAUGGUUUUCAGAUAUUGGCCGACCAGAACAAGACUUUGUGACUAAGUUGAGUAAUUGUAGACACGAAAUUUCCAGAUGGAAGAAAAAUAACCCUCCUUAUGGAAAAAAGAAGAUAAGUGAGUUACAGAAAGCUUUAGAUGAGGUUAAACAAGACUAACUAUAAUUCAAAAGGAUAUAUUAGAAAUUUCCAGAAAUUUACAUGAGGCAUAUAAGAGAUGAGGAGGAUUAUUGACAACAAAAGAGUAGGAAUAUCUAGCAUACUGCAGGGCAUUCAAAUACAAAAUUUUACCAUGAACUGACAAAACAAGGAAGGUCUAGGAACAUGAUAAUUGGUUUACAUAAGGAUGAUGGACAGUGGGUAACAAAGGAUCAGGAGGUGGAGAAUGCGGCGGUGGAUUAUUUUACAGAUAUUUUCACAUCUAUUUAUCCAUCUAAGUUUGAUAAUUUUCUACAAAGUCCUGACAACUAUUACUGAACAGAAGAGGAAGUUUGACAAGCUUUGCUUAUGAUGCAUCCUGUAAGAACACCAGGACUUUGGUCUAGAGGAAGUCCUGACAACGCUUUUUUCUAGCAUGCGUGUCACAUGGUCUAGAUGGAUAUUAUCGAGCAGGUGAACAAUUUCAUGAGAACAUAGAAAUUGGAUGGGAGGCUGAAUAUGAAAAAUAUAUGUUUGAUUCCAAAAACUCAAAUACAAACGGAUUUACGUCCAAUCAGUCUUUGUAAUGUGGGUUACAAGAUUAUAUGAAAGGUCCUAUGUAAGCGACUAAGGAAUUGCCUACCAAAGUUAAUCUCGAAAACACAAUCUGCUUUUGUCUUAAAAAGAUAAAUAUCAGAUAACAUAUUAAUAGCGCAAGAGAUAUUCCAUGGAUUGAGGACAAAUAAAUCAUUUCAGUAGAAAUUUAUGACGAUCAAAGCAAAUAUGAGUAAAGCUUACGACAGGGUGGAAUGGAGUUUUGUUCAGGCACUACUCACGAAAACGGGGUUCGAUUCACAAGGGAUCCAGUUGAGGAUGAAAUGUAUCAUAUCAGUGCAAUAUAAAGUGCUGAUAAAUGGCCAACGUCGUGGUCACAUAAUCCCAAAAAGAGGUUAUGGCAGGAUGAUCCUCUAUCUUUUUAUUUCUUUAUUAUGUGUACGUAGGCUUUAAUAGCCAAUAUUUUGAAAGCAGAGCGUGAGAAACGAUUGACAGGUCUGAAAGUGGUUAGGGCCUGCCCGACGAUUUCUCAUCUCCCUUUUGCAGAUGACAGCUUUUUCUGUAAAGCUUAGAAGGAGUAGUGUCAAACGAUUCAACAAAUCUUAACGAACUACCAAAAAGUGUCUGGUGAACAAAUCAAUUUUGCAAAAUCAUCGAUUCAGUUUGGGCACAAAAUAGAUGUUGCAAUUCAGCAAGAAAUGGAAAAUAUAUUCCAUCCAAAAUAUAGGAAGUAUGGGUUUUUAUUUGGGAAUAUCCGAAUGUCUUGUGAAGAUGUAAGAUGUCUGCCCUGAAGUAGUCACUGACGUAGUUGCUGAAGCAGAUGUCGUGUUGAGUGGUGAAGAACAUGUGGAGUCAAGAUGCUAAGCUGGAGUCGUGUAGACUUGGAGAGCAGGGAGUAUCUUGGAGAUAUGGAAAGAAGAAUAAACUUGAGUAGCAAGUUUAUGACUUAAAGAAAGAGGAAUAAGUGCAUUCCAAGAAAAGUAAAGUUGCACAUUGAUAUGGAAGAUGUCCAUACAUGUUGCCUUGGAGACUAGAGUUUCGGGAACAUGGAGAAUAACUAUAAGAUAGCUAUGGGUCGUCUGUAUAGAGACAGAGACACAGAGGCUGAUCUUAUAGAAAGAGAGAGAAGCUCUUGGAAGUGUUCUGGGUCGUGCUGAAGCAGUAGCUGAAGUACUCGACGGAAGAGAGACACAAGCGGGUAGCUUAGUAAUCUUUCAGUAGCAGUUGUUAGGGUGUAACAGACUGUGUAAAGCUGAUUAAGCAGAACUUGUAAUAGAGUUUACAAGGCGAUUUCUAAUAAAGCAAUAGUUGGUUGCUUGUAUCUAUUUUGUGUCUUGAUUUAUCUUCUGCAUUACUCAAUUGUGGUGUCAUCUUUGCACUUACAAGUGGUAUCAGAGCGGGGCACUUAAGUUAUCGGUGUUAUCCUUAAGGUGAAGAUGGACACGAUUAUUUCUGUGCAGAAGGCGAUCGUGUUGAAUGCAGACCAGUAUGGUCAUUGGAAGGCUCGCAUGAAGCAGAUGAUUCGAGGAAUCAAUGAAGAUGUGUGGACAGUUGUGGAGAUUGGUUGGGAGGAGCCUACCAUAGUCACAUGAGGUGAGAAGAAGCCUAAACCAAAAGAGGAUUGGUCAGAGGCAAAACGCAAUGCAUCAAAAUUUAAUGCAAAGGCGUUGUCGGUGAUUUUUGGAGCUGUUGAAGCAGAGCAGUUUCAGCUGAUUCAGGGGAGUACUUCGGCUAAAGAGACGUGGGAGAUCCUGCUGAAUACGUUUGAAGGAGAUGAGAGUGUCAAGAGGACACGUCUAGAUCAUCUUGGGUCGCAGUUUGAGAAUCUCAGGUGGUCUGAUAAUGAUUCUGUGGCGAGCUUCAGUGCCAAACUCAGUGCUAUGGCGCAUGAAGCAUUUGUACUUGGGAAGAAGUACAAGGAGAAGAAGCUGGUAAAGAAGUUACUACGCUGUCUUCCAGCAAAGUUUGGAGCUCACAAGGUGGUCUUACAGAUGACUACAAACACGGAUGAGCUCAAGUUUGACAAGCUUGUGGGUAUGCUGAAGGCAGAAGAGAUGGAAACAUACAGUAGUUCAGUCUCUACAUCAAGCAGUGCGCCAAGGAGUGUGGUGCUUGUAGCUGGUAAAGAUACUGAUAGGUUUCAAAAGAUUGAAGAUGACAUUGGUAUGCUGGUUAGGAAUUUUGGUAAGAUGAAUUCUUCUGGUGGGAGGAAUCAGUAUGGUCGCCAGGGAGGUGAUCGUGACAAUGGCAGAAUGAGAGAAAUCUCAAGUGCUAUGAGUGUGGAGGAGUUGGUCAUUGUUGCAGGCUGGGAUUCAGACUACACGGAUGGCUUGACUGAGGUUUGGUAUUGGUUCGGCUUGGACAGAUCGGACGGACGGACAGACGGAAGAUUGGCUAGACGGCUGCGAUGGAGUAAUGGGACGGCCAGUUUAUACCUGAAACAAGGAUGAACCUUUUUAUGAGUUUUAUGAUUUCUAUAUGAAGAACAGAAAAUAAACUAUAUAAGAAAUGAUAAACUGAAGCAAAUAUGAUUCUUAUGGAUUUUCUUUUAAGAUUCAAAACUAAAUGAUAUGCAAAAAUGAAAACAAUUCAAAUAAGAAGGAUAGAAAGAUGGAUGAUGGGAUCUUUGUUGCUGGACGUGUGUCUCUCUCAACAAGGAUCAGUGGAUGGAGAAUGGACUGAGGAUGGAAUCCGGCUUGCUUGAUAUGAAUCUCUUCCAAGCUGGAUCGAUGGAUGGAAUGGAUAGAUGGAUAUAGAUCGACUCUCUCAGUCAAUGGACGAACAGAUGGUCUUGAAUCACACAAGGCUCCCUGGACGUGGCUUCUUUAGGUCUUAGUGAAUCACACACAAAGAACUAGAGAAAUAACAACAAAGAAUACACAACUUUGUUUAAAAGAAAACAAUUUCUUAUUACUUUAAAAAUGAUCAAGGGUCUUUUACAAUGAACUAUGACCUGAGCUUAUAUAGGCUCGACACUGGGACAACUAUAACGUUCCUAUGACUCAAAAGGAAACAAAGUACACGAAAAUUAAGUAGAAAAAUCAUAAGCUAGGCUCCUUGAAGAUAUCUAGCCGUUAGGCUUGAUUUGAGCCUCUCCAAAAGGAAACUUGACUGAGCCUUGUAUCUAGACAGCUUCUGGAUAUGCCCAUGAUCUGGAAGCCUUCCUGAAAUACUCCUUAGUCCACAUAUGAAAGAAUAUGGCCGUUGGUCUUCAAAGAGUUGUUGUGAAAACUCAUUUACUCCUCCUAGUGUGAACAUGGCCGAAAAAGGAAAGUUGUUGGCCAUGAAGAUUCGCCUGUUUCUCUGCAUGCUGGUCCAUCUAAACUCUUCUGGAAUGUCUUCUGGAAUUCUUGGAUCGUGUAGGGUAUGUCUUGGUUGCCUGAUCUCGAUUUGGAAAUGGUUGGACCAACUGAUUAUGCAAUCUUUCCAUAAUCGGCUCCUUAUAACCGGGUUUGGGAAAAUGGUUAUAUCUUCAACUUCACUGAGCCUUUUCUCCUGAUUCUUGGCUUGUCGGAUCCACAAAAGAUCCCUCUUGAGAUCCAUAAUUGAGUUUGGCCCGGGCCGCUUCUUGGUUUGGCUGAUUUUCUCUUCUAAGGGCCGAUACUCGCAAACGGAUGGGCUGGGAAACCUCCAACUUGUAAAAUUCAUAACUUCUUGCUCCACGAAGCUUUUCUUGUAAUUCCAAGCUUCAGUGAUGAAUGAUUGAGCUGUCAUUCUGUGGAAAUUGGUUUCAUGCCAAAAUUCCUUCUGGUGGUUGAGAUGCACUUCUUUGAAUGAACCUUGGUCGCAGGUAGCUCUAGUGAGGUAGUUGUGGCAGUUGUUGCUUAUCUGGCUGAGCAUUGGUUCAGGUACGGUUUCUGUGCCCGCAACAGUCAUAUAAGGGCUGACUGUCCUGUAGCACAGCAAAGAGAACUUAAUUGUUCUGAGUGCAGAGGUGUUGGACACACACGACGUGAAUGUCCAAACUCAAAGAAAGGAAAAGGAGUUCCAUUGCAGUCGUCUGAUGAUUCAGAGUAUGAAGAAGAUGGAAAGGUGAUGAAGAAUAUGGUUGCAUUUGGUGCACGCAAGGAGAAAUCUAGUGGAUCCUCGGAUUCAGAUGUCAGUACAGACUCUGAGGAUUAUCACGUGAUGCUCAACAAGUGGUUGAAUCUCAAGAAUGAGAAUCUGAGGUUGCAACACGAAUUGGUGCAUGGCCGUGAGCAGUAUGAAGAUCUUGCUGAAGAACUUGCUGCUGUAAAUGAGAAUUAUGAGUCUCUGGAGAAGGAGGUUAGCAAAUUAAGGGAGGUUUCUAUUGAUUAACGUGAGAGAGCAAUGAUGCUGGAACGUGAUUUGGCUGAGAAUCGCAAACAGAUCAGGAUGCUCAACAGUGGAUCCAAAGAGUUGGAUAAGAUACUCUCGAUGGGUCAACCAGCCAAGGCGAAUUGGGGACUGGGAUAUCGAGGAGCUGAGAGUACUAAGGAAGUACAACAGAAGGGGCUAUACAUUUCGUGCAUGGGAGCACAUCAAAAAGAGGAGCCAAAGGAGCUUGUCAGGAAGUACGUCGGGACAUACGACAGGGAGUAAGGCAGGAAGUUCUACAGCGCGCAGCUGUGAGUAACAAGCCGAAAGUAGUACAUUAGUGCAAGAAUAUGAAGGUCAGACAGGAAGUUCUGAAGCAUGGUUGUGCAACUGGUACAAGGAAGGAGACUGAUCGGUGCAUCAGCAACUGUGUCAGGCCAAGCAAGAAGCAACAUCGGAUGUGCUGUUGGUUAUGUGGGAAGGUUGGACACAAGAAGGUGGAGUGUUUUGCUCGUAGGAAGAGCAGAAACAUGGCCAAGAAGGUGAACAAGACGUUCACUAAGCCCAAGAGGGUUGAAGAAGUGUCCUUAGCCAAGAGUGGCUUACUUGAUGAGAUCAAGGAUGAGACAUCAGAAGAUUGAUGCAGCUCUGGUAGGAGUGAUCUUGAGGUUGAUCAAGAAGCAUCAAGUCUGGAGCCAGGACACGAGGUUGUUUGUGGCACAAAGGGGAAGGAGAUCGAAGUGUGUCAGGAAGUGGUGCGAGAUGAUCUUCAGGGGUGUGAUAGUGAAAUCACUCCAAGACGAUAGCAACGAGUGCAGAUGGCACUCGGUGCGGAUGGGGAAGGGCUCAUGGUCAAGAAGAAGACACAUGACGGAAGCCUGGUCCUCAACAGAAGUGGGUCGAGAGGUAGCUUGACAGGUGGAUCAGAUCGUGAUGUAGUACUUGUUAUUCCGCUGCAGCAGGGACUGUGUCAUGAUUAUACAUGCAGAAAAAAACGGUGGGUCUGUAAGGCUUGACAUCUAAGCAUUUGUUUUAGCUUAGUAUGCAAUCAAGCAGGGGGAGAAUGGUGAUGUUCUGGUCCUUAGUAUGCAUAUCUCAUGGGGGAGAAAAGCAUAGUGUGGUGCACAUCUUGUGGGGGAGAAAAGCACAUUUGGUAUGAAAGUUUCCAGGUGAGGAACAUGGUUGCAACGUGGUUGCUGAACCAGAAGAGUGUUGUGCUUGAUCGGCACACAAAACUAAAAAGAGGAGAUUGAAGAUGUAAGAUGUCUGCCCUCAAGUAGUCGCUGACGUAGUUGCUGAAACAGACGUCAUGUUGAGUGCUGAAGAACAUGUGGAGUCAAGAUGCUAAGCUGGAGUCGUGUAGACUUGGAGAGCAAGAAAGUAUCUUGGAGAUAUGGAAAGAGGAAUAAACUUGAGUAGCAAGUUUAUGACUUAAAGAAAGAGGAAUAAGUGCAUUCCAAGAAAAAGAAAGUUGCACUUAUUGAUAUGGAAGAUGUCCAUACAUGUUGCCUUGGAGGCUAGGGUUUCGGGAACAUGGAGAAUAACUAUAAGAUAGCUAUGGGAUCGUCUGUAUAGAGACAGAGACACAUAGGCUGAUCUUAUAGAAAGAGAGAGAAGCUCUUGGAAGUGUUCUGGGUCGUGCUGAAGCAGUGGCUGAAGUACUCGACGGAAGAGAAACACAAGCGGGUAGCUUAGGAAUCUUUCAGUAGCAGUUGUUAGGGUAUAACAGACUGUGUAAAGCUGAUUAAGCAGAACUUGUAAUAGAGUGUAUAAGGCGAUUUCUAAUAAAGCUUAAGGGUUGCUUAUAGAUGUUUGUCUCUUGCUUUACUUUCUGCAUUACCUUAUUGUUGUGUCAUCUUACACUUACAUCCUGGAGGUUCAAAACACACAGAUUUUUGGAUUCUUUCAUGAAAAGAUGCAUAAAAGGGUGAAUGGAUUAACAUUUAAAUAUCUGAGAAAAGGAGGGAAGCAAUUACUUAUAAAAUCAGUUGCAACGGCUAUGCCAAAUCAUGUCAUGUCCUGUUUUAGAUGACCAAAAACAAUUACGUCAAAAUUAACAAGUAUUAUUAUAUCACAAUGUUGGUGGAGUUACAAAGGAAAUGGAAGGGGUAUGCACUUGAUUGCUUGAAAUAAACUAUGUUUUUCAAAAGAGGAGGGAGUUAUAGGAUUCAAGACCCUUGUGGACUUUAAUACAUAAAUGCUACGAAAAUAGUUCUGGAGAUUAAUCAAAAAGCCAAACUUUCUAUUUUCUAAAGUAUUUAAAGUUUAAUACGUCAGGAACACGAGCCCAUUAGAACCAAUACGAUCAUAUUCGUCAUCGUAUGGUUGGCAUAGUAUUGUAUCAGCUAGAUCUCUGAUAAGCAGACGACUAUACAAAAGGGUGGAACAUGAUCGUCUAUCUCAGUAUAGAAUGAUCCUUGGAGCCCAGCCAACCGCCUGAGACCAGCAACCAGUAAAUCAACUCUUUUUGACUAUGCACUUAUUGUAGACAAGCUCAUCAAACCUACAUCUCACAAGUGAAAUUCACUGAUUUUAAGGACAUUGGUGGAACCAGAAGAUGCAUCACUCAUAGAAAGCAAUCCGUUAAGUCAGAUACCAACGAUGGAAAAAGAAGGAUGACACUUUACACAAUCCAGAAAAUAUACGAUCAAUCUGGUUAUCAAUUAGAAAAACUUUACCAUUAUAGAGUUCGAAAUGCACCAUUUUACACCUGGAUACAAAGGCUAUGUGAGAACACUCAUGAAAAAUAUGUGUUCACCAAAGCUAAAACACUUUCUUUGGCAAAUUAUUUCAGGUUGUUUACCAAUGAGGAAUAACCUAAUAUCAAGAGCAAUAAAAUGGGAUGUCCUCUAUGAAAGGUGUGGAGCAUAAAAGGAAUCAAUAAACCAUAUUUUAUUUGAAUGCCCACCAGCUGUUCAGUUACGAGACUUAUCAAAGAUACCCACGAAUCUAUGUAAUUUUCCUCUACAGUCGAUUUGUGUGAAUAUGUAUUAUUUCUUUUGGAGGAUCUCAUGGCAAAUCUAUACUAUUAAAGCAUAAUCCCUACUAGGAUUCUGCCUUUGCUUCUUAGAGAUAUUUACAUCAUAUCUCGAUCCUCCUUUCUGCACAGCUAUGGGUUCUCUCCUCAUCAAGUUUCAACUUGUUCCAUAAUCUCCAAAGUUCUCCAAAACGUACCUAAACCUAUAAAUGACCUAGAAUAGACUCGAAUUAUAUAAUAUACUCUAAAUAUGACCUAAUAUAUGGCCUAAAGUAGUAAAUACUAGGGCAAAUCAGCUAGUGAAUCUGUUUUUCCAUGUUGGUGUUGAUAAAUUCAAUCCAUAUUACCGCCGUACUGCUGCUUUCUGGUGAGAUUCUCUGAAUUUUGAGCCUGCUUGAUAUAGGUUUGACUAUUCCUACUUGAAGUUGCAAAGCUUUACCCUCUAUUGAAUUUUGACCAUGAAAUCUUAUGGUGAUUUCUAAAUAUGCCGUUUUCCAGUGUUUCCGGUGCCCUUUUGGAGACUCUUUUGUUACUCCGACGAACCCAUUUCCACUUCAACUUCCUGGUAAGGUCAUUCUUUCUCUUUAAGCUGAUUAAGGUGAUAUUUGUAAUGUUAUACUUAUUUGGUGAUCUGCUUUGUUUUACCGGCUGUGAUAGUCGUCUCCCUUCAGCUCUUGUUGGUGAUUAUCCUCCACCCACCUUAGACUCAAUUUUUUUUUUUUUGCUGUUGAAAAAGAGUCUCCACCUUGAGCUGAUGAGUCAUUUGUUUCAAAUCUAUCUCCCUAAAUCAGACUUUUUGCAAACGUCACCUUCUUUGAGUUCUUCUUUAUGAUUUCUUUCUCCACUCUAGGAAUGUUCUUCUUACUCUUAUCAAUUGUGCCUUGUAGAUAAUAAACUCCAUCGUGAUAUUUUUAUGAUAUCACCUUCUUGUUAUCUUUGUAGAAGUACACAUGAAUUUUUUUCUUUUAUAUUUGCAACCUGAUUUUUCUAUUAAAAAAGCCUGAUUUUUCUAACAUCCCACAGGAAAUUAAAUUUCUAUUCACCUCCAGUAUGUAUCUAACAUCUGUGAGUAUCACUUCAUAGCCAUCUGAAUUUUAUUUUUCCAAUUUGUUUGAUGUCACAUUGAAUGUUAUCAGCCAUUAACACUGGACCACCAUUGAAUUCCUUGAAAUCAAACAUAACAUCCAAAAUCCAUAAUCCAUAAUCCAUUCUUGGUUAGUGUCUUGUGCACUAGCUGUUAACACUAAUAGUUGCUUCGGCUCCAUUGUAAGUUUGCAGACUCUGAAUGUCUCCUUUCAGGACAUUCACUUUUCCAGUGUCCUUCUCCACAGAUAAAACAACCUGUUUUUUUAGAAUCUUUGAUUGGACUUAGAUAUGCCCCUGCCGUUAGAUUUUCCUCUCCAUGGAUUUGAUUUUCCUUCAUAACUUCUUUUAUCUGAUCUGCCCUUUGAUUCUACAUACAAGCCCUCUGCGUCAGGCCUACAUACAACUAGUGAAUCAAAUUACUGGGGCAAGCUAGAUAGAACUUGAAUUAUCUGGUCUUCAUCGCUAAUGUUGAUAUUUAGACUUGCAAUUAAGAUCUGAAACUAGCUUAAGAAAAGUAUCCAUGUUUUCCUCCAUGCUCUUGUGAUCUUCCAUCUUGAAGCUCGCAAACCUUUGCUUCAUGUAAAUCAUGUCAGGAAGUGUCUUCGUUUGGUAAUCUCUUUCCAGAGCCUUCCAAACUCCUAUCGUAGUAGUUUCCUUCAUCAUCUUAUGCAGAACCAAAUUUCCUAGGCUCAUGCAUAUUAGAUUCUUUGCCUUUUUUCCUUCAGCGGAUCUACUUUGACUUCUGGCAGUUCUUCGUCUUUAUUCUUCAUGUAUCAGAAGGCGUGAUCGAAACUUCCUGAAUCAUAUAAUCUAACCCUAGAAGCUCCAAUUGCAUUAGCAUCUUGUACUUCCAUAACCCAAAAUCACCUUUUCCAUCAAACUUCUCAACUUCAAACUUUCCCGAUAUUGAUUCUAUAUCUCCUCCUAGCACUUGUAAUCAAACUUGGAUUGCUCUUAUGACACUUGUUAGGUUUUAAACAUUUUCUUAGUGCUUAAACUUAGAAUGAAAUCAAUAUCAAAACUCUCUCUCUUUAUUCACAUGGUUUCCUUACAAAAACAAAAUAUAAUUCACAAGUUUUCCUUAAGAACCAUAACCUUAACUAUUGAUUCUAUUGUCUCUCUCUAUUUCCCUAGCUCUCGUAUUUUUUUUCUUCUUUCUCGGAUGCCUUCAAAAGCCUAUAUCACCUCUAUAUUUUUAACACUCACCAUCUUCAAUAUCUUAUUCCCUUUUGGAUUCAUAUCACGUCUUUGACCGAUAUGACAAAGAGAAAAUUAACGUCUUUUUCUUAUUUGGUUUUGUAUCUAAUUCUUGUUGGACUAGAAUUGUAGUUGGGCCAAGAUUUGAGUCUUUCUCUCUAUAUACACUAUUUAACUUAAUUAUGAAUUUAAUGGAGAAUACUAGUUUCAAAUUUGAUUAGGGAAUUGAACUUUUAAAAUUUUGGUUUCAAAUUAAAAAAUAAUAAAGAUUAGAAAAACAUCGUUUACAAUUCAUUAACCACAGUAAAAGACCAAUUUUGUAAUGGUUAACUUGAGUUAGGAUGAAUAUGCGGUUUAUUGAUUCUUUUUUUGUGAGUUUUUCUUUUGUAUAAUCUGGGAUAUUCCAAAUCUACAAAAAUGCUUACAUUUAUUCUUAAGUAUUCAAAUGAACCAUAAGUAAUAAAUUCAUAUCUGCAUGGUCACACGAUAAACUGUAGUAGAGUAUCUUUAAAUCUAGACGAAGAUCGCCUGUAAUUAGACCACCACUAUGUGAGUAUUUUUUAUACUAUCUUAUGGUGCCUGAAUCACUAAAAAUAUGAAAAUUUAGUUUCAUAAAAUUAAUAUAUAUAUAUCUGUGUUAUUUUUCUUUAAUAUUUUAAUGUUUAUUUUCCUUGGCAAUUGAACACAAAAAAGAAGGAAUAAGCAUAAUCAUGACAUUGUAGGGCUCAAAAAGAGAAGAAAAACAAGAUUUUCUCGUACAAUCGAAAUUUCUUAUUGUCUGUAAAAGAAACGUACUAUACUAGUGCUGAAAUCAUUUUUAAGCAGUACCAAGUUUGGCCUUUUGCUUUAAGGAAAAGACCAAUUAAUAGAGUAUGUAAUCUCUAUAUAAUCACUCUCAAGUCUUAACUUUUCCCUUAAGCAUAAUAAAUAUACAAAUAGUACAUGGGUAAUAUAUAUUUUAAUAAAAUGGAUACAAAACUUGUUUUUUGAGUUUUAAGUAUAUGAUACUACAAUUAUAGCACAACUACAGCUCCCAUUGAAAUAAUUAAAAAAAUAAUUCAAUAAUGAAUAACUUAAGAUAAAGUUUCAAUAUUAAAAUCCACAAAGCACCUCAUCCAUCUUGUAAGAAGAUACGUUAAGAUCUGCACUUCCACGGUAAUUAAAUCAAAAAUCAAAUUCCUUCUAUUUUACGUAGAAUUUUUGGAUUUAACUUUAAGAGAUGUAGCUGUAAAAUUUCCUACAGAUAAAAAAAUGAUGUUUUAGAAAAUAAGAUUUUUACAACCAUUUUUUGUGUGUUUUUGCUGUAGCUUUAAUUUUUUUAUUGUAACUUUAAAAAUCAAGAUAAAACAUGAUUGAUAGUAUUUAAGGUUGUAGAUGAAAAAUAAAGUCAAAGUCACUUCUUACAGUCCAACCAAUCACCUCCAUAUGUUUUCACUAGUGUUUCAAAAAAAAAAUCACAUUUUAUGCAAAUUUUAUAAUUAUUUAAUAUAUGAUGAAAUACGUUCUGUAUUUUCUGUCCUACUAUUAUUCAAUAUACGUUUUGUUAAAUUAUAAAUAUUUUUUCAUUUGGAAAAGCUUAACUUCUUAAUCUUUUAGUUUUAAAUACAUGUGUAUACGUUUAGUAAUUAUUUUCCUAUUUUAAAAGAUCUAUUUGAUCCGUAUGGAGUUUUAAAACUUUCAAUAUUUUGAGUCACUUUAAAUGAAUGUAACCCUUUUUCUUGUAACUGUAAAAGAAUGUAACCUACACGAGAGUAACGAUCCCUAGCCUCUUUGCUCUCGAAACCAACAUGGAAACUCUACAAUUGAGUAAGCAAAAAAUCAAAGAGAUUUGGAAGGAAACAAAUUACUUUUCAACUUUAGAAUCAUAAAAAAGCCCCGGCUAUUAUGUUGGUGAUAAGACCAUCUUCAAAAGACCAAGACAACAUGUGUGUAUAACCCAUUAUAGAGCCUCCAAUUCUGAAUGCAAGUCAUAAGAAUACAUGUAUAUAUUCUGAAUGCAAGUCAUAAGAAUACAUGUAUAUAUUCUUCUCGCGCGUCAAAAUUCCUUGAAAUAGUAUUAAAAGAAUUGAUGUUUGUUCUAAAUGACAUUUCCACAUCAUUUGUGGCAUAAUAUAUGAUUUUUUUUGUGGAUAAAUCAUUUGGUUUCCUUCCCUUAAUGUCUCUUUGCUAAGAAUGUGAGGUCGUUCCAUAGAGAUUUAUGUUUUAUUGAUAGUUAGACCAUCUCAAACUUGAGUAAUAGAAUAAUUUUUCGUUGUAAAAAAAAAUGUCUCUUUUCACUAAAUCCGGUGUUUCAUUAGAAAGUCAUAAGAACUCAAAUACCAACAAUUGAUGGUGCUAAAACUCUAUUUUACUCAUUGUUUUCAGAUUUUCUAAUUUUCUAAUCAAAUCUCACAAUCUUCAUGAAAACACCACAACAUGUUCUAAUUUUAUUGCCAUUUAAUAACUAUUGCAAGAAUAUUCUUUCAGAAGAUUAGGAACCAAAUUUCCACAAAAAAUGUUUUAAAUAUAUUCAAUAUAUUUAUUAGGUGUAGAUUUUGAAACCUUGAU